AUGCACACUGCCCUAGCUCUCGCUCUCCUUCUAUCACCACUAGUUCAAGGUGCUCCUCUCAUUGAAACCAUCACUGAGGUUGCAGUGACAACAGAGGUUGUUGUGCAAACACACACCCUAGGAGUCGACUCUGAAACCUCCUCUUCCUCUUUGUUGCUUGAAGAAACUACAACCCCAGAAACCAUCUCUUCAACUCCAACUCCAACUACUACCGAUAUUCCAACUUCUACAACUCCAAUUACUACCAAUACCCCUGCUCUUGCUACAACAACUUCUUCUAUUCCCACAUCCACCUCUUCCUCCACAUCCACCUCUUCCUCCUCCACUUCUACUUCAUCAACAACUCCUUCAUCCUCAAACGCUGAAACCCUCUUAAACGCACACAAUGCAAAACGUGCUCUUCACGGCGUGCCAGACCUUGUCUGGGACGACACUCUUUACGCGUACGCUGCCCAAUACGCGGCAAAUUACGAUUGUUCAGGAACUCUCACUCAUUCUGGUGGACCUUAUGGUGAAAAUUUGGCUUUAGGUUACACCUUAGAGGGGGCAAUUGACGCAUGGUACGCAGAGGGGGAUAAUUAUGAUUAUGGAUCUUGUUCUGUGUUGAACCACUUUACCGCCGUUGUUUGGAAGAGUUCGACCCAUGUAGGGUGUGCAACUAAACAAUGCAACAAUGCUUGGGGGGAAUACCUCAUUUGCAGUUACUCUCCAGCGGGUAAUGUCGUUGGUGAAUGUUCAGAGAAUGUCUUGCCUUUGGUAUAA